GAAAUGAAACGGAUCAUAAAAAUUUUCUUUAUGAGCUGUUUCCUUCAAGGUACUCUAUGCCGGGACUGGGCGGUCUUCCUGCCUCAGACGGUGGAGGGGCUGAGUGGCUCCUGUGUGCGGAUCCCCUGUGCCUUCAGCUUGCCCUCAGAGUGGGAUGGGUUCCUGGAUGAUUCCUGUAAAGCCAUAUGGAGGAGAGGCAGCUGGAGCCGAACGCAGGUGUUUGACUCCAGCCUGACUGGAGCGAGCGUCGGCCUGAACAUCCUGCAGGGAAACCUGACGGGGCUCCUCAGUGACAAAAACUGCACCACCAUCUUCAACAACCUGCCGUCCAACCAUUACGACGACUAUUACUUCAGGCUGCAGUGCGGUAACUCCCUGAAAUUCAACUUUCAAACUAGUGUCCGCAUCACCACACAAGAUUCUCUUCCUGGACCCACUCUGACUCCAUCCAGACUAGAAGUAGAGGAAGGAACUCCGGUGACUUUGAACUGCUCGGCUCUUGCUCCCUGUCCUAUUCUCCCUCCAGUGCUGACAUGGACACCGAGUACAGGAGACAUCAAGGAGACAGUAGAAUCAAAAUCUAUAACUUCUGUCAUGAGCUUUAAUGCUUCUUACCUCGACAAUGGACAGAAAUACUCCUGCACCGUUCUCUAUAACCGACAGGCAGGAAAAAGUGACCUCAAGUAUGAAAAACAUCUCGUACUACAUGUUCUGUGUGAGUACAUCCAUUCAAUCAUCCAUUUUACUAACUUGCAAUUGGAGUUGUAA